AUGGAUUUCUUACUCUUGAAUUGCUUGCUCUGCCUCAUCUUCGCCAUCAUCGCAUUUCUCCUAUUUCUGCAGCAGGCAAGAGGAACUUCGCCGCCUAACCUCCCGCCGGGCCCCGCUCGGAUCCCCAUAAUCGGCAACCUCCAUAGUCUCGGCAGGAACCCUCACAAAUCACUGGCCGAUCUCGCCAAAAUCCAUGGCCCAUUGAUGAGCCUCAAGCUGGGCCAGGUCACCCUAAUCGUGGCUUCUUCCCCCGCUGCCGCCAAGGAGAUUCUCCAAAAGCACGACAAAGUCCUCUCCGACCGCCACGUCUCCCUCGCCGGGAAAGCCCACAACAUCUGCGACUUCAGCUUGACGGCCCUCCCCGUGGGUUCCAAGUGGAGGAAUCUCAGGAAAGUGUGCAACUCAUACAUCUUCACGCCCCAGAAGCUGGAUGCCAACCAAGAGCUCCGCAAUGACAAGGUUGUGGAGCUCGUGGAAGGUGUUCGACGAAAUGCGUCUGAGAAGGCAGUGGUGGAUGUUGGGAGAGCGGCGUUCAAUGCCACGUUGAAUUCUCUGUCGGCGACUAUUUUUUCGUUAAAUCUGGCGGAUGAGGAGGGGUCGGAGACCGCCAGGGAGUUCAAGGAUCUUGCGAGGGGGAUAAUGGAGGAGGCCGGCAAACCCAACCUGGGAGACUAUUUUCCAGUUUUGGCAAAGUUGGAUUUGCAAGGGAUACAGAGGCGGGUGGAGGGUCAUAUAGGAAAGGUUUUGAAUUUGUUCGGAUGGGUCAUCGACCAACGGCUGCAAAGGCUCAAGUCGGAAAACUAUGCCUCAACCAACGAUAUGCUCGACACGCUUCUUGCCAUUGGAGAUGAAGACCACAAUCCCGAGACUACCAUGGAUUCACAUCGCAUCAAACACUUGUUCUUGAUAUUGGUUUAUCAGGAUCUUUUUGUAGCCGGUACAGAUACAACUUCGAGCACGAUAGAGUGGGCCAUGACAGAGUUGCUUUGCAACCCCGACAAACUUGCUAUAGCUAAGAAAGAACUUAACCAAACUAUUGGAAUAGGAAUUCAUCUUCAGGAGUCUGACGUCUCCCGACUACCAUAUCUACAAGCAGUAGUGAAAGAGACCUUUAGACUUCACCCAGCAGCUCCCUUGCUACUUCCUCGCAAGGCAGGGGUGGAUGUGGAAAUAUGUGGUUUCACCGUGCCCCAAGGUGCUGAAAUUCUAGUCAAUGUAUGGGCUAUAGGUAGGGAUCCGAUGACUUGGGACAAUCCGAACUCAUUCAUGCCCGAAAGAUUCUUGGGUUCAAAAGUUGAUGCUAAGUUGAUGCUAAGGGGGAACAAUUUUGAACUACUUCCAUUCGGUGCAGGAAGAAGAAUUUGUCCUGGAAUGCCGUUGGCAUUGAGAAUGUUGCACGUGAUGUUGGGUUCCUUGGUUCAUUUGUUUGAGUGGAAGUUGCCAAACGUGGUCAUGCCAGAGAAGAUAGAUAUGGAAGAGAAGUUCGGGAUGGCCUUGCAAAAGGCCGAGCCUUUGCUUGCUGUUCCAACUCCUAUAUGA